AUAUGCGUGCUACUACCCACAAUGCGUUAUUCGCUUGAUUAACUUGCCGGACAUCGUGUGUUCUUCUUACAGUGUUUCCUAUGUAUACUGCUAACCAUCUGACUGCCGUUACCACAUAAUCUUGUCCACAUGGCAAGAUCAAUGCCUUCAGUAUCCUCUCACAUAUGUUUAGGCUCCUACUAUAUGUCUACUGGCCAUGGUUGAAUUUUUUUGUAUUGCUAGAAUGGCUCUCUAAGAGGUGUUCAAUCUCAAAAUCACCGCUGGCAUCUACAUGUUUACGUAUGGUUCAACCUUACCAUCAGUAUGCGAAUGCGAUUCGGUAUGAAAAUGCGUAUUGGUGGAUAUGUAAUUCUACAGGAAUUUCCAACUGUUUAAAACGUCAGCACAUAAGGUGCUUUCACACUGUGAACAAUCACCCAGCAUAGCCAUGGCCUCCCUCGGUGGUCUGUUGCCAAGGGGAACCAUCCUGGCCGAAUGAUACAGAGAGAGAAUUGAGAGUGGAAGCAGCCUUGAGGUGCCCGAAGACGAGAGAUGGUCGUCACUGACAGGAGCUCCAGCACACCUGUGCCCAAGAAGCCGGAGCCAAAGAAGAAGAAGAAGAGGAAGUCCCGCCCCCAUGGCUUGCCCUCCCCUGCGCUGUGUUGUGCGUGCGGCCUGUGCAUCAUGCUGGCGGGCAUCAACAUCACCCUGGUGGGGGCGUUUGCCUUCAGCACCCUGGUGCCCUCCGCCAACCCUCCUAUCAUCAUAGGACCCAUCCUGCUCCUAGUGGCCUUCUCUUUCUUCGGCGCGUGCUGUGUCUGUAGCCGUCUGCCCCCCGCCCAGGGAUCCCGGAGGUCAAAGGUUGGCGGGAGGAGCAUGGGGAUGCUGGGACGGGGAGGUCUCGCAGGGGGGGCGACGUUCGAGAUUGAGACGAGCGAGCACACUUUGCAGGACACCACGGCGGUGCAGCUCAGCCCCUCGGCGUCGCCGGGGUCUUCGCGGGCGUCCAGCCCAGAGCGGGAUGCUCCUGAGCCAGCCCCGAAAGGGACCUGCAAGCUGUUCACCAUGGAGGCCAAUGGCCCCGCCUCUGCCACGGCCUGCUACACCGCCUCCUCGGACGGGGUCGGGGCUGUGAGGCUUAACCUGCCGCGUGACGAUGUGGCCACCUAGUACAGCCUCCCUGGAGCCUCCUGCCAAAUAAUGACGACUUAUGGCAACGACACGUGAAACUAUGUAAAUAGGAACUAGGAUGGUCUGACAGUGUUUCCGUGUGUCUAGCCUUUUCGUGAAGUGCAAUUUUUCAUGUUUAUGACAAAGUUUUGAUUCAGUUUUUUGCAGCAGCCGACCUGUUAUUAGCAUGCCAUCCAAUGUCGAAGGAGCGUGGAUGAUGGCUCUGUUGGGGUGGAUGUUCCUACCUCUUUAAAACUGCUCUUCAGCACCCUCUUCCAUGGGGCAUUAUUUUAAGCAGUUGACUGGAAAGCACAAUGAGAGAAUUGGUUUCUCUGUUCAUUCUUGGGGGGUGAAGUACAAAUAGUGGUGUCCCUUUGAUUCGACUGACUGGGACUCCAUGCUCCACAUUUUAGCUGUUUCCUCUGAAGAAACUUUUUUUUCUCCCGGAACAGAAAUAUUUACGCAAAAUAGCAAUGAAUUUAAUGCCAUCAAUUAAAUGCUCACACUGUUUGACAUUACAGAGCUUCUCUCACUUUGAAUUACGUGCAAAAAAACAUAUCGGGGUCGCAAUGUUUCUUUGAAACUAAUCGUAAUUGAAAGGAUCAGCGACAGAGGGCUUUUUUCCUCAACUGUUUCUACGAACUGAACGUAUAUUGGAUGAAACACUGUAGUCUUUGUGUUGUUCUCGUAUGGUGAGGGUGCUUGGGUAACUUGGCCGCAUCAAUGGUUGUUUAUAAUAUCACUGUGUUUUCAUGAGUGGAAAUCUCGUCUGCUUUUACACUGUGACUAUUAUGUUGUUGUGUUUUUUUACCACCUUUUCCAGGCUUACUAAAGAUCAUCAUAUUAGAGCCAAAUUAGACUUCACAGCAUUCACUGCCACUUUGACAGAAUCCAGAAUACAUUAACAGCCACUGUGUGUGCGUUGCAUAACACAACAUAUCCCUAUCAACAUUAUGGUUAUAAAAAUUAGGAAUGCUAUUUACAGAUAUGCCCUACUACACAUAGAUUAUUUGCCAACAUGUGGCUUUCUAGACUUGCUGUGGCAAUCUGAUGACAUUCUGUUUACAGUAGCUUGGGAAAGUGGAAAAAGUAUUAGAUAUUGUACGUAGACUAAAAUAUAGUCAGGUAUUUCGAUUUUGUUGUAUUUAUAAUUUCACCCCCUUCCCCCGAUUAUAUUUUUCUCACCGAUGGGACAGUUUCUCUACCUGUUCUCAGUAGAAACCAUCGAACACAGACACUCAAAGUCACUUUUAAGUAAUGCUGCCUUAGACUGAGCUCUCAGGAUUAAACAGACAAUGGCUAUUUUAAUAUGCGUAAUGGCAUUGUCAGCAGCAAACAGCAGUAAAGCAGUAAGAUGUGAUGAGUUUACAUCACAGUUAGAUUGAAAAAAUAUAUAUUUUCAUUCCCCCAGUAUUUGGCCCAUAAUGCCGUUUAGAUUUUUUUUUUUUUAAGCGUAAUAGGAAAGUAGCUUAUUUGGUAUUUUUGCAGAACAAUUUCCCAUGAGAAAAAAAUUAUAGUUCAUGUGAGGAAUUACAUACUGUAUGAGUGUGACUCAUAUGCCCAGAGAAUGUGCCUGUUUUAAAUGUGAACUGUCAACAUACUGUAUAUGUUAACUAUCAGUGUUGGCUGGGUUUUUCCCAAAAAAAAUAUAUCUUUAAAAAUUUAUUAUUUUUGUGGAAAUUAUAUUUACCUAAUUUGAAAACAAUAUAUGUAAUACUUGUGAAUACUAAGAAGAUAAAUAAAAUGAAAUGCAAAUAUGAAAUGGAUUUCAAAGACAAAGAGUUUAUUACAGUGAACUGCAUGAAAGGAUUCAAAGUUUCUUUGUACAAAAUUCUAUUCCUUUGUUUGCACUUCAUCGGUUCCUGCUGUUAAAUCUUGCUGCUGCUGAGGCCGUUGGUUGUCUGAACACUGGCUCUUUUCAGACAUCUUUUUCAAUGCCAUUAGGCAGAGCCAUCUCUGUCUUCAUGUUCCUUCUUGUUUACAUCCUGGUCAACCAUUUCAUGUCUAGCCUGUGUCUUUACCUGAGACAGCGUCUUUUUAUCUGCCUUGUGUGCUGAUUCAGUCUUGUUUUCGUCUGAUUCAGGUAAAGCAUAGAAAUGGGACUGUAGAUGCUAGGGCACCCCUGACCUUGACGUCUUUGCACGUUGGCUGCACUUGGGAGUUGGUCAUUAGGGAGAGGCAACCGCUUGCCCUCUCUCUUUUUCGAGCUUCUUCAGCUGUUUAAUUUCCAUUGAAAGCCUGUGACAGACUGACCAACUAUGGGGCCACACCAAACAUCAGGACCACUUCUGUCACGUAGAUUGUGUAAAAGAUGGGGACGCUGACAGUGUCUGUGGAGAGUCGCUCUCGCUGCUGGCCAACCAGGUUGGCAAAUAGCAUCAACCCUCAGAGAGGGA